GUAGGUCAGGGCGCGUUGAUUAAAGGUCACUGAGCUAUGAUGCGUGAAAUGUCCUUAUUACAUGCUGCCCCUUUCAUCGCUGUACCUUUCGUUGGAGUGUUUGCUGGCCAGCGGAUUGUCUCCAAGAAUAUGGAUUGGUAUGAUUCUCUGAAAAUGCCAUCAUUUGCACCCCCGAAAUGGGUGUUUGGUCCUGUGUGGAGUGCGCUUUAUGGUUGCAUGGGCGCUGCAUCUUAUUUAGUGUGGAGAGAUGCAUCACAUGAAAAAGCGUUACUUCCUUUGGCUGUUUAUGGUGCUCAGCUUCUACUUAAUUGGUCGUGGACGCCUCUAUUUUUCGGGCAGCAUAAACUAAAAUAUGCACUUAAACGAAUCGAAUUCCACUGUGUUCAACAGGGAAUCAGCAACUAGCUAUACAGAUGGCUAUGGAUAUUUUUAUAGAACUAUCGUUCCACCCUUGCUUUGUUCUAACGUAAUCUUACACUGAUAUAAUAUGUAAUAUACUGCGAUCACUUCGGUGAACGAUUUUUUAGAAUUUCAUCAACUAAUCUACUCGCAUCACUUAAGACCGCGUACCUAAUCUCUACGUGAUUCACAGUUUGGUUUCAUCAGUCGGAACAGCAGUGUGUUUAGGCAUUUUCGGUGGAGCUCUGGCAUGUGUAUACUUAUUUCGACCAAUCAAUGUUGACGCUAGUAAUCUGAUGAUUCCAUACGCACUAUGGACUGGAUUCGCGUCACUUCUUAAUGUUCGUAUUGCUAUGCUGAAUGAAGACUGUGAUUAACUGAAUGUAGAACCAAUAUUUCACUAGAUGAUAUCAUGGGAAAUCUAAAAAAGAAACACUAGCACAUUUUACACUGAAGCUUUUUCGAUAAGCUGAUUUCUCUUUCUCCGCCUUUCAUUUUUCUUUUUUCAACAAAAUAAGUUUUCAUAGAAAAAUUGAUAUAUCAGGGAUAAUAGUCGUCUUUUUAUAUAAUUUAUUUGUCAACAAAUAAAAAUGUCUGAAUUUUAUCCUUUCCUCUUGAAUGAAAAGUUUUUCUGUGUUGUUGGUGUUGUUAGAAAACUCACUGGCGGUAUAAUACUUGUCUUGACUGCAUUAAUAUCGAGUCAGUUCGUA